CUGCUUGAAAGCCUUUGAACAACCCGGCACGUGGCCCGCUUCACGCCUCUACCCACCGCGGCCCGGUUCUCACCGACAAGCAUGGCCCGCAUAUCGGUCCAUCCAAACCUCUCCCCGCACCACCGCCCGCUCCUCCCACAGAUCGCACCGCCACCACCACGUUGCCCUAGAAGGUUUCCGCCCGGUCCACCGCAGCAGCACACAAAGGGCAAAGCGACCGCAGCGGGAAGCCUCCACAGCGGGACCCGAACCGGCCGCCGCGCCGCCCCGAACGCCGCCGCCGCCGCGCCGCCCCCGCCCCCGCCCCCUCUCCGCGACGACGGGAUGGGGCGAAAGGGGCCCAAGGGGCCCAAGGGGGCCAAGGCGAACGCCGACGCCCUCACGAAGGCCGCCCUGGCCGCCAUGAGCGAGGAGACGACCGUACGCAUCACCACGGUGCUGGAGGACUUCCGCGCCUCCGACGCCCAAGUGCACACAUUCGAACCUAGUCUUACCAAUCAAGAGCGGGCUGCAGUACAUGCUAUGUGUAAAAAGAUGGGCAUGAUAUCAAAGAGUAAAGGGUAUGGGGAACGGCGAUGCCUUUCUGUUUACAAAACUAAAAACACACAGGCGCCUGGUAAAGAAGAAGGCCCUAGCAAACUCGGAUUUUCUGAAGAAGCAAGACAGAUUUUGUUAGAUCUGUUUACACACUAUCCUCCUGAUGAUGCUGAAUUGAAUGGUGAUGCUGUCAAGAAUCCUGGCGAUAAGGCUGCUAAAAUUCGAUGGAAGACAGAUACAGCCUUUUCCAGGCCAGCUAUGCAGAAACAUGAUAUAGCAAAGAAGGUCAAGAUGCUUACAUCGAAAUUAAGUGAUCCUAGACAGUUGAGGAAGAUUGGUGAAGACAGAUCCAAACUUCCGAUUGCAUCCUUCAAAGAUCACAUUUCUUCUACCCUAGAAAAUCACCAGGUGGUUCUUAUUUCUGGAGAAACAGGCUGCGGUAAAACUACCCAGGUUCCGCAAUAUAUCUUAGAUCAUGUGUGGGGCAAGGGUGAAUCAUGUAAGAUCAUUUGUACUCAACCGCGGCGGAUAUCAGCUAUGUCAGUUGCCGAACGAAUCUCUGUUGAAAGAGGAGAGACUGUUGGUGAUACAGUUGGGUACAAGAUACGUUUGGAAUCGAAGGGAGGGAAGAAUUCGUCAAUCAUUUUCUGCACAAAUGGUGUUCUCUUGAGGGUGUUGAUAGGCAGAGUAACUAACAGUUCAAAUAGGCAACGCGCAGCUGAUGAUGUAAUUAUGGGGAUAACACACAUUAUUGUGGAUGAAAUCCAUGAAAGGGAUAGGUUUUCUGAUUUCAUGCUGGCUAUCUUGAGAGAUCUGCUGCCGAUGUAUCCUCAUCUUCAUUUGGUGCUCAUGAGUGCAACGAUUGAUGCUGAGCGGUUUUCACAAUAUUUCAAUGGAUGCCCGGUUAUUCGAGUCCCAGGCCAUACCUAUCCGGUCAAAACUUUCUAUUUGGAGGAUGUGCUUUCUAUUCUGCAAUCUGUAGGUGAUAAUCAUCUUAAUCCUGAAACAAAUGAUCUGGGACUUGACAGUGUGCUAACCGAUGAUUACAAAAGCUCAAUGGAUGAAGCAAUUAGCAUGGCUUUAGCCAGUGAUGAAUUUGAUCUUCUCAUUGAGCUUAUUUCUAUAGAGCAGAACCCAGAAAUCUUCAACUACCAACAUUCAGAGACUGGUGUGACACCUUUGAUGGUUUUUGCCAGGAAGGGUCAGCUUGGGGAUGUCUGUAUGCUUUUAUCAUUUGGUGUGGAUUGUUCUGCACGGGAUCAUGAUGGAAAAUCUGCAUUAGAUUGGGCACAGCAAGAGAAUCAGGUAGAGGCUUAUGAAGUUAUUAAGAAACAUAUGGAUUGUAGUCCUGCAAAAUUGCCUGAAGAAAACGAGCUGCUUAAGAAAUACUUGGCCACUAUCAACCCAGAACACAUUGAUACUGUGCUGAUAGAACGGUUGCUUAGAAAAAUAUGUACUGACUCCAAUGAAGGAGCUAUCUUAGUCUUCCUUCCUGGUUGGGAAGAUAUAAAUCAAACACGGGAGAGGUUACUUGCUUCUUCCUUUCGGGAUUCUUCAAAAUUUCUUGUACUGUCACUUCAUUCCAUGAUACCAUCUUCAGAGCAGAAAAAGGUUUUCAAACGUGCACCGGCAGGGGUUCGUAAAAUUAUUCUCUCAACCAACAUAGCGGAGACUGCAGUAACAAUUGAUGAUAUUGUAUUUGUUCUAGAUAGUGGGAGGAUGAAAGAGAAAAGCUAUGAUCCAUACAAUAAUGUGUCUACACUUCAUACUUCUUGGGUAUCUCGAGCUAAUGCAAGACAGCGUGAAGGACGUGCCGGUCGUUGUCAGCCAGGAAUUUGCUAUCAUCUUUACUCUAGAUUUCGAGCAGCCUCGUUGCCAGAAUUCCAAAUUCCUGAAAUUAAGAGGAUGCCUAUUGAAGAGCUGUGUUUGCAGGUCAAACUGCUUGAUCCAAACUCUAAAAUAGCAGACUUUUUAAAGAAGACCUUGGAUCCUCCAGUUACAGAGACUGUAAAAAAUGCUAUUACUGUGCUUCAGGAUCUUGGUGCUUUAACUCAAAAUGAACAAUUGACAGAUUUGGGUGAAAAGUUAGGUUCUCUCCCGGUCCAUCCAUCCACAAGCAAGAUGCUCCUGUUUGGUAUAUUGAUGAACUGCCUUGAUCCUGCAUUGACAUUGGCAUGUGCAGCAGACUAUAGAGAUCCUUUCGUCCUUCCUAUGGCUCCGGAUGAGAGAAAAAGGGCUGCUGCAGCCAAGGUUGAGCUUGCUUCAUUAUAUGGUGGAUAUAGUGACCAGCUUGCUGUUGUAGCAGCAUUUGAUUGUUGGACGUGUGCCAAAGAGAAAGGACAAGAAGCUUUGUUUUGUUCAAAGUACUUUGUAGCUUCAAACACCAUGAAUAUGUUGUCUAGUAUGAGGAAACAGCUUCACAGUGAACUAGCUCAAAGAGGAUUUCUUCCUGCUGAUACAUCUGCCUGCAGCUUGAAUGCUAAAGUUCCAGGUAUCAUUAGUGCUGUCCUUGUGGCUGGCGCUUACCCAAUGGUAGGACGAUUGCUCCCUCCUCGCAAAAAUGCUAGAAGGGCAGUUGUGGAAACAGCAAGUGGUGCCAAAGUUCGACUACACCCGCAUUCUUCCAACUUUAACUUGUCAUUUAAUAAAUCCUCUGGGAAUCCACUAAUGGUAUUUGAUGAAAUCACUCGAGGUGAUGGUGGAAUGUAUGUAAAGAACUGUUCAGUUGUUGGAUCAUAUCCUUUACUUCUGCUUGCUACAGAAAUAGCUGUUGCUCCACCUGAUGAUGUAAGUGAUGAGGAUGAUGAAGGUUCCAGUGGGGAUGAAGCGGGAAAAAGCACUCUGGGACAACAAAAGGAGGAGAUCAUGUCUUCUCCCGACAACACUGUUUCAGUUGUUGUUGAUCGGUGGCUCCGAUUUGAUGCUACUGCUCUGGAUGUUGCUCAGAUAUACUGCCUACGAGAACGCCUAGCAUCUGCUAUUCUUUUCAAAGUGAAACAUCCACAGGAUGUUCUCCCGCCUGCUCUUGGAGCAACGAUGUAUGCGAUUGCUUGUAUCCUAUCGUAUGAUGGCUUGCCUGGUAAUUUGGCAACAAAACAUGGUUCAGGUCAGAGCUCAGCAGAUGCUAGCGGAUCAGCUGAGGGAAGGAAAGGUGGUUUUAUUCCGCCUGGUGGUUUCCUUAUGUCAUUGCUAUCGGACAUACCACCCAAUGCACUUCAUCAUCAGAAGUCAUCUAAUCAUCCAGGGGGUGGUUCAGGGCAUAUUAGGUCAUCGAGGGCCCCCGCUGGUAGAUUUAAUCAGUCGCAGCAGCGUCCUGGCCGCAACAGCUCUGGACCAGGGAGUUCAGCAUCACAAUCUUUCAAAAGACAGCGGGACGCUGCACGGUGACCUGACCGUGGCUCACAUGUAAUUCAGUACUGGAUCCCAUGCUUGGGUCUCACAAGAAAAGUGCCAUGGUUGGGAAUUAAUGAGGAUUUUGCGGUGUUUGUUGGGACGAAGGCAAAAUGUGCAAGCAAGGAAUGUGGAAAGGCAAUGCCUUAAUCUGUCAAGGAGACCAUAAGAUGUUCCUGUUCAUGACCUGCAGUUUUGCAGAACAGUGCAUCUUGUUGUUCUGUUCGCCUUGCUGCCUAGCUCUCUUUCAUGCCGGGACUACCGUCUAAUUUCAAUUGAUGGUGUAUCCGUGUCUCAGAGUUGCUAGGACUUGGCUAAAAACCAGGCACCCGGUUUUGUGCUGAGAACAGUUACUGUACGUGACAGUUAGGAUUUAGUAGUAUGCGUUGAUAUAUCUAUCCUAUGAAAUUACGUAUCUGUAUCCUCUGUUUUCCUGGCAUGACAUGAGCAAAACAGCUGGGAGCUCCGUAGGGCGGUUUAUUCGGUCCUUACAAAAAUAUUCAAAAACUAGGUUGAUGCAGUUCAGUACAAAAACAAACAAAUUUUGUUUAUUUUUA